GGUUCCUGUCUGGCGGUUUGAGAGUCUAGGACCCUGGGUUGUUUGGGUCUGAAGGAGUGGGGACUCUUCCCACCGGGACAUCUUGCCUUCCUAGGGGUGCAGGGCGCCUUGUGUGUAGCCCCCAGAACAGAUUUCCGCUCCCUAACCUGGCUGUGAUCGUUGUGAUGGAGCAAGAGCAGAAACCGCUGGUCUCAGACUUGAAUGGCUUCACAGAGAGGGGGAGUUUGAAAAACUCUUUCACAGGAGAUGAAAGUAAGAAUAAUUUAGAAACUGUUCAACACAACAACCUUAAGGCAGAUAAAGAGAGAGCCUCAGAAUGCUCUAAAACAGAUGGCCCACAAAACUUUAAGCAGGAGGAUACGAAAGAAAUACCAUUGACACUGUCCCAAGGAGAUAAGACUUGGUGUGAUAGUUUCUAUGAGAGUGACUGCAAGUCAGAGAAUCGGGAAAAUUCUACAGGAAAAGAGGAAGAAAAACCCAGUGACCCAGGAGAACAUGCCAAUGCGUCUGACCAGCAGAAUUCCUCCUUCAAAGACAAACGUCAUAAAUGCUUUGAAUGUUGGAAAAGCUUCAAUAAUAGUUCUCAUUUGCGUGCUCACCAGAGGACCCACUCAGGAGAAAAACCUUAUAAAUGCUUUGAGUGUGGGAAAUGCUUCAGUAACAGCUCUCACCUGAUCCAGCAUCUGAGAACACACACAGGAGAGAAGCCCUACCAGUGCGGGGAAUGUGGGAAAAACUUCAGUAACACCUCCCAUCUUGUUAUCCACGAGAGGACUCACACGGGAGAGAAGCCCUAUAAGUGCCCCGAAUGCGAGAAGAGUUUCAGCAGCAGCUCUCACCUUAUUCAGCACUACAGGAUACACACUGGGGAAAAACCGUAUGAGUGUCCCGUCUGUGGGAAAUGCUUCAGCCACAGCUACGUCCUAAUAGAACAUCAGAGGACUCACACUGGGGAAAAACCUUACAAGUGCUCAGAUUGUGGGAAGGGUUUCAGUCAGAGUUCCAGCGUGAUUCGCCACCAGCGGACACACACAGGCGAGAAACCCUACAGAUGUAGUGAAUGCGGCAAAAGCUUUGGUUGUAAUUCUACCCUAAUAAAGCAUCAGAGAGUACACACGGAAGUCUGUUCAGAAAGUAUCCAGCCAUGUAAUACAACAAAUAGAGACAUUUAUUGAAGACAUAAGAAACUUUGUACAUAGGACAGUGAUGCCUCAGUUCCCUGCAAAGUAGGUAUCUUGGGACCUCACACAGUUCUCCCAACCACCAUCAGCUGCCCCAUCAUAUUUUCCUGAAUAUCGACAUUCUGAAAUUUCUUUCCUUUCUGAGGUGGUUUUAGUUUUGGGAAAAGCCAGAAGUUGCAGGGCACUAAAUCUGGGUUGUAGGGGGGCUGAGUCACCUGGGUGAUUUGAUGUGUUGCCAAAAACUGCACAAGGUGUGGUACAUGAGCAGGUGUGUUGUGAUGAAGCUGCCAAUCACCCGUUGCCCAUAGCUAUGGCCUUCUGAAUCAUCUGAUUAGUUUCCGCACAGGAAUGUUCAAGCUGAAUGCAAAAUUCAAUGCAGAUUCAUUGCUUUACUUGCUCAGUCUAUUGAAUGUGACAGCCACAUAGUACAUAUGCUCACUCAACAGUGUCUACCGAGCCUGCUGACUAGUACAGUGAAGUCAUCAUUGUUCACACAUGCACAUUCCAGUCCACUCUCCUUGGCUGUCAGGUUACAUCGAUGUUGCACAAACUAUUGUCAUAUUAACACUGGCUGGACAUCUUCUGGACAGACCUCGUUUAAUGUGGAAAGAGUUUUGGCCAUUGCAUUAGACAUCAGAGGACACGUACAGGAGAGAAAUCGUGCACUGGUUCUGAGUGCUGGAGAGCCUGUGGUCAGAGCUCCACCCUGGCGAUUCACCAGGGGACUCACACAGUGGAGAAACCUUGUGAAUGUCCUGAUUGUGGUGAGUGCUUCAGUCAGGGCUUGAACCUCAUCAGGCGCGGAAGGACCCACAUAGCAGCAAAACCUUACCAACGGACCGACUGAGAAACGCCCAGCACAAGUGCCUGCCUGUCAGUCUCAGAAAAUCCACAGAAGUUGAAGAUUUUCCUCAUGAGUGGACUUUGAAAAACUGUUUGGGGUAACUUGCCCUCAUCUGUUCAUUUGCAGUCCCAAAUUCAUCUUCCUCUUAAGUCCCAGAACCCGUUUUUUCAUUUUUCUUUUCUUUUGUUUUUCUUUUGGGACCAUUACAAUUAAGGUAUUCUCUGAUCACUAUGCUACAGAGUAUUUUUGGCUUGUUUGCCAAAGCAUCUAGAAAAAGCCAACUUCUCAGUUUAAGGCUGGGAAGACCCGGAUCACCAGAUCAGGGAAUCUGCUGUGAGAGAUCCUGUCGAGAUGGACGAGAAGAAGAAAUUUGUUUUGAUCUAAGGAGAGAUAGGAAGAGCUUCCAAGGAAAACCUGAAGCAUACCCCUAGAGCAGUGACACCUGAGAGCUGGGAGCUGAGAUUGCCGUUGAAUUGCCUUAUUUUCUCUUCCCUGAUUGGGUGGCAAUAAAUCAUUACUGGUCUCAGGGAUUUACCCAGAGAAAAUUCUUUUUUGAACAAAUAACCUGAUUUCCCGGCUCUUUUGCUGGGUCUUAAGGAAGAAAAGAUUCCUUUUUUU